AUGUUCAGAGAUAAACAGACUCUCAUUGCAAAUUUUUAUGAGUUUUUAUUGGAAGGGAAAUCCCCUACAAAUAAGACUCAUAAGUAUUGUCUCUAUCAGUACAAAUUGACAACUGUACCAAAGAUAGAUAGAGAUAAAUUUCUCAAAAUAAGACAUUUGCUCAUUCAGCCAAAUAAGCUCAAUGAUGGUGAAAAUUCUGAUGAGACUAAAACUUCGGUCUCAUAGGAUGACAAGAUGGAAAACGAUGCUGAUGUCAACAAAGAUGAUAAUAUGGUUAACAAGGAAUCAAGUGCAAAUAACAAUAGCAAAGUUUAAAGCUAAUUAGAUGAGCAAAAAAGCAGCUAAAAAUAGCAGUCAGCAGACGAGUUCAUUCUUGAAAAAUACUUAGGCAAGUAUUUCAAGUUCCUCAAAUUUAACUAGAAAUACAUAUCAGAAAUUAAUUAAAAGUCAUAUUUCCAUCCAUGUUUACUCUAUUCAGUAAAGUUUAUCCAGCAGCUGAUUAGUUAUAGUAAAACUAUAAAGGAUAAACAAUUUACAGUAACCAUAACAUUUGACAAAGAAAUCGAUCUUAAAAAUAGUGAAUAUGGCUAGACAAUAAUGCAGCAAUAUUUUAGAGACUAUCUAUUUAACUAGGUGAUUAAAAAAUGCUAUCCAAAUUACAAGAGACUGGGAUAUACCCAGAUAUUCAACCCAGAAAGAGUAACAAACUUAAAAGAAUAUGACAUUGAAAUUUGGUCGGGAUUCAGAAUGGAGGUGAAGCCAAUAGAGUAAAUACCCAUGCUAAACAUUGAUAUUGAUUACCUUGUUGUAAGAUUAGAAACUGUAUUAGAUGUUAUCAAUGAGAUUAAAAAGAUUUAUGUAACUUACGGAGAAAGUUAGGCUUGCUAAGAAAGGCUUUAAAAAGAUAUUAGGAAAGCCUUUGUUGGCAAAGCAGUCGUUACAAGGUAUAACAAUAAUGUUUACAAGAUAAAAGAUGUAGACUUUAAUCAGAAUCCUGAGUGCUAUUUUGUGCAAACUAUAGUAGAUAUUGCUAACAACAAGAAAAAGCUUAUUAAGAAAUCAUAUACUUAGUAUCUUGAGGAAAAAUACUAUAAAACAAUUACUGAUAAGGAGUAGCCACUGCUUGUGACUAGUGACAAUAUAUGCUUGGUGCCUGAGUUUUGCAUGGUAACAGGUUUGUCCGAAGAAACUUGGAAUUCCCCAAGUUAGCUUAACUAAGUAAGGGAUGUGGUUAAUGCUACUAAGCCAGAUGUAAUGAGAAGAAUUGUUGACAUAAAAAAGGACUUCUUUGAUGUACUCUACAAGAAUCAAAGUUAAUUCAAUUUCGACGAAAUUAAAAUAUCAAACUUUCCACAUAUUAUGGAAGGGGUAAAACUUGAAAUGCCUACAGUUUAAAUGGCAAAAUUACCAUAGGGUCCUAGAGUUGAGAUAAGUACUAAAAAUGUGGAGGAGUUUGAGAGGAAGAUUUUCUAGUAACUACCUAUAAAAAUGUUUGAAGCACCUCCACUUGAAUAAUGGGCACUAUUCUAUCAUGAAGAAGAUGAAAGUCUAGGGAAUAAAUUAGUUCAUACUCUUAAUGAAUCAUUAACAACUUUCAAUUAUCACGCAAAACCAAUCUAAAUAAUUAAAGUUAAAGGAAAUAAAUUCUAGGAUUGGCAUUAAUCAAUUAGGGAUAAUUUAUCAGUUACAGUCAUAGCUGCAGUUAUAUUGAUUCCUGGUACCAAAGGUCUCCCAAAUUAAUUAUACUCUGACAUCAAGCGAAUUUUAAUCAAAGAGAUACCUGUGCCUUCUUAAGCUAUACUCUCUUAGACAAUAGAGAAAUCUAAAAGUGCGCUAUUUUCGGUAUGCAAUAAACUCAUAAUGCAGAUUUGCGCUAAAAUAGGAGGGGAGCCUUGGGCUAUUAGUGAAUUACCAUAUUUCUACGACUGCACAAUGGUUUCAGGAUACUAUAUUACAAGCAACUUGAUAUCCUAUGUUUGUUCACUAAAUUCAAAAGCCACCAGAUACUGGUCUAAAUGCUUGAGCGUAACAAAUGAAUAAGGAGAUAGCUAAAUAGUGCAGCAGUAAACUUGCUUGAAAUUAUCGAGUUUAUUUUUCGAGUCUCUCUUAGCCUUUAAAUUGAGAAUGAACUGCUGCCCAAGUCAGAUAUUUUUAUUUACUAAUCAAAGGUAUCAGGCGAAAGAAGAGAUUCAGCAAGAGUUAGAUGCUAUUCAAUAGAUAUUAAGCAAAAUGCAACUAGGAGCGAAAAUAACAUUGAUUUAAGUAGAUCCAAGCGUUUAGACUCAUGUGAAAAUGGCUGUGGUUGAAUAACCCAAUAGGUUAAUACCAAUUUCACAUGGUCUCGUUAUCAUUGAAAAGAAUAAUACUUAAAAUUAGUAAAGUUCACCUGCAUUUCCUUGCAAACUACCCCUUGAUUUCUAUCUCUCCUCAUAUUAUAACAAAGACAUUAAUCAAACAACAGUGACUCAGUAUAGAGUGAUAAAAGAUGAGAUAUGUUGUCAAUCUGGAGUUGAAAAUGGCUAUGAGCAGCUAUUUUAACUGAUUCAUAGACUAUGCUUCCUAUAUUUUAAUCAUAUUGGCCCAGUUGAUAUGCCUGCUUGUCUGAAAUAUGCUUUUAAACAGGCAUAAAUUUUGCAAGAAUUCGGAUUUAAAAAGAAUUAGAUAUUAAGUGCACAUGAACACUAUGAUAAAAAUAUACUAGGUCUUUAUUAUUUAUGA